GUUACGCUGAGGGGAGCUCGGCGGGCAGGUAUUUUCGUCUGGCAAAAAUGGGUGAACCUCAGCAAGUGAGUGCCCUUCCUCCACCUCCAAUGCAAUAUAUAAAAGAAUAUACUGAUGAGAAUAUCCGUAAAGGCCUGGCUCCAAAGCCACCUCCACCUGUGAAAGACAGUUAUAUGAUGUUUGGUAAUCAGUUUCAGUGUGAUGAUCUGAUUAUUCGACCCUUGGAGAGCCAGGGUAUUGAACGGUUACAUCCUAUGCAGUUUGAUCACAAGAAGGAAUUAAGAAAACUUAAUAUGUCUAUCCUGGUCAACUUUUUGGACCUCUUGGAUAUCUUGAUAAGGAGUCCAGGAAGUAUAAAGCGAGAGGAGAAACUGGAAGACUUGAAACUGCUUUUUGUUCAUGUCCAUCAUCUUAUAAAUGAGUAUCGCCCUCACCAAGCUAGGGAGACACUGAGAGUCAUGAUGGAGGUGCAGAAACGUCAGCGCUUGGAAACAGCAGAGCGAUUUCAGAAGCACUUAGAGCGAGUUGUAGAGAUGAUUCAGAACUGCCUGGCGUCCUUGCCUGAUGAUCUGCCUCAUUCAGAGGGAGGACUUAGAGUGAAAGUGGAACCAAUGGAUACUGAUGAUGGCAGCAACUGUAUUGGACAGAGCGAAAAACUGAGAGAGCGUUCUGGUGGCAAGAGAGAUCAGGUUUUAGACAAAGAUGCAGCUAUGUGUAGCAUUAUUGAUGAAAUGACAUGAAGAAAACACUUUGCUAGCUCACCAUAGUGAGAGGCAGAAUGCAUUCUGAGGGCAUACUUUGUAUCUUAUUUUGCUAUUGUACAAGCAGACAAAGCAUUUAUUGUACACCUGUUGGAGGUUGUGAGUGACUAGGCAGAUGAAAAUAUUUACUGUUUUGUGAGCUGUGUGUUUAUUGGUAGAAACAAAAAAGUAUACUUUUUGUUAAAUGUAUCAUGUGAGGUGGUAGCCACAGAUUAAAGUUAGCUUUUUCUGUUGUACUUUCAUUUGUCGCUGUCAGCUUUUUUUGGGUGUGCUUCAUUGUUUUAAAUUG